AGUGAAUUAGAAAGAGCCCCCUAAUUAAGCUUUCUGACAUUCUGACUUGACUUCUUUUAUCUCUAAAAAAUGGGAAAUUUUCCAUGGUCUAGCCUUUUCUGCAAAUCAAUGUCAUUCAUUGCGUUGGGGUCUAUGGACGUAAAUGUAACGGAAUCUCCUCAACUUGGUAAUUCCCUUUCUUCUGCAACACAAUUAAACAGCUUGAAGACUUAAAGGUUCGUCCUUUCCCUUCGUUUACUGGUUUCUCUCCAUUUCUUUCAUAAAAUCAUAAGAAACUUAUCCAUUCUAUUCAUCGUUUUCAAUGACUCUGACCCAGAAAGAAAUUAGGAGAAAAAAGAUGUCCUAGAUUUCUCGAUCGUAAAAAUAAUUUCUGUCGUAUUUUGUACCUAUUUCUUCCGUAUAGUUUUGAUUUUUCGUUUCAACUCCCUGGAGUUUCAGUUCUUUUGGCUCUGGGGUUCUAUGGAUCUUGAAUUGGUGACGAAGGCGUUGACUUUCUCUCAGAGGAGAAAGAAAUGGCUUAUUUGGUUAGCUCUUUUUGGUGUCUGUUAUGGGGCUUACAAGGUUUAUAAUUUGCCUUCUGUGGUGAAGAAGAGGAACAGUUCGAUCAAACUUUUCCGAGCAUUUGUUUCUUUGGUUGAAUUGGCUGGGGAUUCUGCUGAGAUGAUGAGUGUUGUCUCUAAAGAUUUGAAGGAGUUCCUGCAAUCUGAUUCUGAUCAAAUUCCAAAUAGUUUAAAGCAACUUGCUAAGAUUGCAAAAUCGGGGGAGUUUUCCCAGUCUGUAAUUAGGGUUUCUCAGGCCUUGACUGUGGGGAUUUUGCGAGGGUAUAAGAUAACAUCAACUGAUAAUGAAUAGUCCUGGGUGGUAAAUUCAAGCUUUAGUGAUAGGGUAAUGGACAGGGUUUUUUCUACUGCUGGCACUGGUUUUGUUUCGAUAGUAGUUGGUAGUUUUGCGAGGAACUUAGUUUUAGGGUUCUACUCACCAGUUGAAUCGAUGAAUGGAUUGAGCUUAAAUGAUCGAGCUGGUGUCAUUCGCUGUGGAGAGGGUUCAUCAGGUGUACCAGGAUGGUUAAAUGUGGUUUGCAAUGAAAAGUGUAAAGAACUUGUAGCUGAUUGCAUACAGAAGUUUGUCAGCACAGCUGUUGCAGUUUAUCUUGACAAGACAAUGGAUAUUAAUACUUAUGGAUUUUUUGCUGGGUUGACCAAUCCUAAACACCAGAACAAUGUGAGAGACAUGUUGGUUUCUGUUUGUAAUGGUGCUGUGGAAACACUUGUGAAAACCUCUCACCAGGUUUUGACAAGUUCAACAGGAAAUUUAAACUCAGGUUCUAGUUCUAUGUGUUCAAUUAUUGAUCAAACAGAUGAUCGUAGUGAAUUUAAAGAUAAUUCUUUUGAUCAAGAAGCAGCUUUGAAACAAAUGAAAGGGAGAAGCUCAUUUAAUGGGAUUCAAAGUAAUGGAUUUGACAAGGUGUCAUCUACUUUGGCCGAGCCCAGCAAUAGGAAGUUUGUGCUCGAUGUGACUGGGAGGGUGACAUUUGAGACUAUAAGAUCUAUUGUAGAGUACCUAUUGUGGAAGCUAUCAGAUGGUUUGAAAAGAAGUCUUCAUUUAGUUCAUGAUGAGGUUGUGGAUAGGGGAUUGGAAGUUAUCAGAUACGUUGGUGCAAAAUCUUCUGUUAUUGUGACAAUAUGUCUUGCUCUGUAUUUACAUAUCCUGAGUGGCACUAGAGUUCUCAUGCUGCUUAAAUUGGUAUAUUGAUCUCACAAAGCAAUUUUCAUUGAGGAGACUUACUGAAGGAGACUUUCUUUUGUAGCUUCCACGGGAGAUUUCUGUAUUUAUGUUCUCUCUCUAGUCGGGAAUGUACAAACUGAUGCUGUGGAGCUUCAUUUUCAUGGUUGAUAUUAGCUCCAGGAAAUUAUUAGCUUUCUCCUAAUAUAGCUGUAUGAGUUGGUAGCAUUUUAUUUGUAGAACUUCCUUUUCCUUCAUAUAGAAGAAAAAAUUCAAAAUUUGACAGGGUAGUUAGAUAACUUAGAUUUGUUAAAGAACAUCAUACUUAUAUUCUUAGUGACCUUAAAAGCAAUAAACAGAUGUGUGAGCUUGAUUUUGGUUGGUGAGAUCAAUUGGUUUGUAUCAAUUUGUUGAUUGCCCUGAACAAAAACUAUUAAAUUAGUUUUUUUUUUU